AUGGCUCCCAACGUUACUGUAGACGAACUUGCUGAAAAUUUGCAUCAAACUUUGGAUCUUCAAAAACUUGCUUUGGAAAAAGGAAGGUAUCUUGUUUACCCUGAUAAAAAGUACCCUGAAUUGGAAUAUUUUGAACAUAAGGAUCGUGGUUUACGUGGUGAUCCCAAGAAAGCCUCUCUUUACGAUAAUGCUACCAAGGUCUUUGAUGUAACUCCUCAUAUUGGUACUGAAAUUCAUGGUAUUCAAUUAUCUCAAUUAACUGAACAACAAAAGGAUGAUUUAGCCCUCUUGGUUGCUGAACGUGGUGUUGUUUUCUUCCGUGAUCAAGAUAUCAAUGUUGACCAAGGUCUUGAAUUUGGCAAAUCCUUUGGUCCUCUUCAUGUUCAUGCUACUUUUGGUCACCCACCUGGAUACCCUGAAGUUCAUGUCGUUUACUUUGAUGAAAAGUCUCCCAGAGAAUAUCUCAAUAAUACUAGCGCAGCUGAUGGAUGGCAUACUGAUGUGUCUUACGAAGAACAACCUGCUUCAGUGACUUUGCUCAAGAUGGAUAUUGUUCCUCCUACUGGUGGUGAUACUCUUUGGGCAUCUGGAUACGCUGCUUAUGACCGAUUAUCUCCUGCAUGGCAAAAAUUUUUGGAAGGUUUACAAGCCAAACAUUCUGGUCAAAGACAAUUUGAUGAAGCUCAUGCCAACAAUCAUGUUGUACGACGUGAUCAUGUAGAAAGCAUUCAUCCUAUAGUUAGAACUCAUCCUGUUACUGGUUGGAAAUCUCUUUAUGUACAACCUGUAUUCACAACAGAUAUUGUGGGUUUAAGUAAACAUGAAUCAGACGCGGUACUCAACUUUUUAUAUGCUCAUAUCAAUGGUGGUUAUGAUUUCCAAGUUCGUUUGAAAUGGGAAACUAAUACUGUGGCCAUUUGGGAUAAUAGGGUCACGUUCCAUAACCCUAUAUUUGACUAUUUGGACGUUGGUCGUCGUCAUGGCUGGAGAGUCACUCCUCAGGGUGAAAAACCUUACUUCGAUCCCAAUAGCAAAUCCAAAAAGCAAGACGAACAAGCCAAAAAGUCCAAUAAGUAA